GUUCUUCCUGGAUCCUGUUCGCAGACCGUCUGUGAUUCCGUCUUGCUCGCCGGUUUGGUCGCCGGUUUGGUCGUCUGUGUGUCUGUCUGUGGCUUGGCAAAGACACCUGAGAUUCCUUCCAUCCUGAAGUCCUCCCCCUGAGAGCCAUCGCUCCAGUCCUCACAAUGCGUCCCUCCAAGCCAAUGAUAGCGCUUCGAUCCAGCUCGGCGAGAUCGGCAUGGGGCCCUGCCGGCCUGCGGUUUCCCUGGCCGUCUUGCCGACUGCCCGCCACCUCAAUCCCACAGCGGACUCUCCAUAUGUCACCGCCUUUGCGCGGCAACUACUGGGACAUGAUGCACGUCCGCAGCCAACAGGAAAAGCGCCGCAAGAUGGACAAGAUGCUGACCGAUUCCGCUGGUCAAACCGAGCUGCCCGCCGCCGCGGAUGCUGUUGAUCCGAGUACCUUUACAAGGCUGACGAGUGCGGAUACGGCCAAGCGAACGACGCCGCCGCAGUGUGCCAAGAUGCUUGUUCGCGAAUUCAUCAACGAUGCCCUGUACCAUCCAAAAUACGGAUACUUUUCAAAGAAGGCAUACAUCUUUAGUCCUCCGGAGGACAUCCCAUUCACUCGGCUCAAAGACAACUAUCAGGUCAUGAACCAUCUGGCCAAUCUAUACAAAGACAUCGAGGGAGAGUACUCGGACGUCAACGACAUUGCCCGGCAAGUUUGGCAUACCCCCACAGAGCUGUUUCGGCCGUGGUAUGGAUACGCCGUUGCCCAGCACAUCUUGACCCAAUACAAGGCCGAACGAAGUGACUCGGAGUGGGACUCGAAGCCUCUGAUCAUCUACGAAGUCGGUGCCGGCAAUGGCACCCUCAUGAUGAACAUCCUGGACUACGUUCAACAGAACGAGCCCGAGAUCUACAGCCGCAUGCAGUACAACAUCAUCGAGAUCAGCGCCAAGCUCGCCGAGGGGCAGACUCGACGAAAGAACAGCCGCGGCCGCGGUGGGUCGCACGGCACUCAUCGGGACCACAUCAACGUCGUCAACAAGUCGAUCUUGGAGUGGAACGAGAUGGUCACAGACGACUGCUUUGUUGUGGCUAUGGAGGUCAUUGACAACUUUGCCCACGAUAUGGUUCGGUACGACAACCAAUCCGGCGCUGCCGUUCAGGGUCUCGUGCUCAUCGACCAAGAUGGCGACUAUCAGGAAGUCUACGAGCACAUCAACGAUCCGCUUAUCCAGCGAUACCUCGAGAUUCGCCAGCGGACCGGGUACAAGACACCAGCGCUCCAAGCCUCGUGGAGGCGUCAGCUGCGGCUGGCGCUGCCGUUUGCCCCCAAUCUCAGCCAACCCGAGUUCAUCCCGACGAUGCUCAUGGUGAUGUUUGAGCGACUGCACGAGUAUUUCCCAAACCACCACGUUGUUCUGUCGGAUUUUAGCCAGCUGCCGGAUGCGAUCCCUGGCAUCGACGGGCCGGUUGUGCAAACCCGGUACCAGGGGCUGAUGAUUCCGUGCUCGACGUAUCUCGUCCAGCCAGGCUGGUUCGACAUCUUCUUCCCGACCAAUUUUGAAUUGGCACGGGACAUGUACGAAGCCGUAUGCGGCAGCCGGACGGCCAACGGGCGAGCCAGGGCCGCACAGGUGCUCACACAGGAGCGCUUCCUGCAGAUCAACGGCAAUUUGAAGGAGACCACGACCCGGUCAGGCGAGAACCCGAUGCUGACGUUCUACAAGAACAUGAAAUUCCUGGUGUCGUGAGCGCGAGCAAAGAGGAGGGGGAAGGAAGGGAUAGAGUGCUGUCGGGAAGUUCUAUAAUACAAUACCGGAU